UUGAGCAACGUGUCGUGUAUUCUGAUCUUCGAGUGAAAUUCGCAUUUAUUUAAAUCGAAAAACCAAUCAUAAAUAAAUAAUGUGUAAGAGUUUUUCGUACGUUGUCAUGUUUGUCGGACUGCUUGAACUGUCGCAGGCACAGCGGCCAUCCUUUGCGGGCGCGCGUCCACCCGGCGGACUCAGCCAGAAGGACAAGUAUCAUGCUGCCCAAAAUACUGCCGUGGAGAACAUAACUGGCGUGGACAUUGCCACACGAUUUGGCGAGGAUGCCGUCGCCCAACAGUCGCAGACAAUCAAUUUGGCCUACGGCGCCGUUCAGAGGCCGCCAAUGGGUGUGCCCCUGGUGCUGCCCAUAGGCAACAAUGUGCCCGAUGUGGCAUCGAUAGCCCCAACACCAACAUCAGCAGCCGUUGACUUUGCGAAUCGCGUUGGUGGCACAGAUGGCACCGUCAACACGCCCAUUGCGGGCAUCCCGAAUGCGCCCAGUGCUCGUCCCAUUGCCAGUGCUGGUUCCUUUGCCACUGCUCGUCCCAUUGCCAGUGUCGGCGGGAUUAGACCCGUAUCAAAUGCAUUGCCCAUCGAUGCGCAUGGCGAUCAGGAUUAUGUGAAUCAUCUAAGCCAACUGCCCGUGGACAAUCAGCCAUUCUGGUUCCUCAACUAUCAGGCCAUUGAGGCAUUGAGAAACAGCUCGAGGCCAAAUGUUAGUGCACUUGAGAACCGGGGAUCUUUCUUUGCUGGCUAAAAAACUGGCUCUCCAGCCGCAAAUAAAACAAUGCUAAUAGUAAAUUUAUUUAAGCUCGUUUCGUCUGUGCAAAGACAAUAUAAUUAUAAAAUCGUAUAAAGUAAAUAUAAAAUUAUUUAUAUUGUCUUUUGUCUGUAUGGUGUGUACAUUAUACACUCUUACUCAACAAAAUUAUCUCGAAAAAUAACCGGAGGAAAUACCAAAACGUGAGGCAUGAUUUGUGUUUUUUUUUCAUGCGAUAAGAUUACGUUUACACUUUGGUGCUUCAUUAAUAAUAAAAUAAUAUGCAAGCGUAUUUAAAUACAUAUUUAUAAGUGAAUUAUACAAAUUAUUAUUGUAUGUUAAUUGUUCAACCAACUAAAACUA